AUGGGCGGUGCCAUGCCGGGACCCUAUGCCAAUCUAGGAUAUUUCACUGGCUUUCCCGACCCCGUAGGACUCACUGCCCCCAAAUCAUCGAGGAACCGAAGGAAGUCGGCACCAGGUUUCGAUCACGUCAAGCACCGCCGCACGAGGUCUGGGUGCUACAUGUGUAGGAGAUGCCGGAAAGGCAAUCGCGAAUGCAUUUAUCCGGAGGCCCCGGCAACCAAGGGCUCGUCAGCCCAGUCAACGACACCCAAAGAUGGAUCGGCUACUCAGGAGACCAGUCCCGACUCCUCUAAUGAUGCUGAGGAUCGAGAAGAGGACGCUGAGCCCGCCGGGUUGGACACCAUUCUCGACGAGGACGAAGGGGACGAAGUAUCCUACCAGAAGCAGUUUUCUGGGCCAGGUGGAUGCAGCGCAGCCUCGUCCACUCUGCAGCGCACAGGGGGCGCACGCCUUGGCUCCGAGACGCCGUCGUACGAAGGGGCCAAAAGCGCUUCACCUUCUGCGUCUACGAGUAGUAAAGCAACCACCACAUAUGCGGUGCCAGAUCUCGCCAUUCUUUCCCUGAGUGGCCACGCCGACUGGUCACAUCUACCUGUCGACUUACGCCAGCAUCUGGAAUACUUUUGCGAAAACGUUACGCACUAUCAUUACUGCAUGCUUACUGACGCCCAAGACUUCUUCCGUGUCAUUUUGCCAAAUGUUGCUCUGCAAAACGAAGCUCUGCUGUAUGCAAUCGUCGGAUUUGCUGCGUAUCAGCGUACGCUGCAGGACCCUAAUGGCAAAAUGGAGGAGUUUUUGAAGUACUACAACAAGAGUGUUAUCCUGUUGUUAAACUCGCUGAAGAGAAAGGAGAAGCAUAAUGUCGGCAUGCUUCUGACGGUUCUGCAGCUCGCCACGAUCGAGGAGUACUUGGGUGACUGGAUCAACCUCAUGGGGCACCAAAAGGCCGCAUUCGAGAUGCUGACGCAUCUCUUCACACCAGAGACGGCCAUCUCGGACGAGGCCGAUAGGCUACACUGGAUGCUGGAGGCGGAGUCAGGCCGUCUACGAGUCAUUUCGAGAGAGAUGUCGACUCUGUUUGCGCGAGGCAGCAGAGGCCAGAUCUCGCCAGAAGACUUCGCGGCCGAACACGAACGAAUCCAGAAGUCGCUUCAGGGCUGGAAAGACGGCUGGGAUCAUGCACUCACCGAUCCUUCUCGCCUCGUCACGGACUUCAGCCACGCACGAGCCAUGAAUGACGACGAUAUUGUAGACCCCUUCGCCCCGGGAGUUUUGUACGACUUUCCGAUUUUCCCUACGACGUUGCUCACCGGCGAAUUCAACUCCACAAUGAUGAUGCACAAAUGCCAGUCAUCAACGACUGAUAGGGGGCAGCUAUACGAAGAAUUGAGAGGUCACGCAUACGCCAUCUGCCAGAUCUUCGAGGCUGUGGAAGAGUGGCCGUCAAGUCCAAAGGGCAGCCUAAUCAACAUCCAGGCCUGCAUCGCGCUUGCGGCACUAUUCCUACCUCAGGAUGCCAAGCAUCACGCCUGGGUCAGACGAAAGUUUGCACUGUUAGAGACCAUGGGGUACAUACAUCCGGUUACGCUUCGUACCAAGAUGGCGGAGAUGUUCCACGAGCCAUCUUGCGUGCGGUGGUGGCUUCCCAACGACGAAGGCUACAGCCGGAUUCUGCAGAACGUUCGUACCUUUGCCGACGAGCGAAAUGCAAACGCUGUCUCCGCCCAGGCGGAAAACCUCCGCGAAGUCCGUCACAUCUUUGCCAAAAUGCAAAUGGCUGAAGAAAACGUGGCUCCGGCUGGGUAG